UUACCUGCGAGCAAACGAUUCCGAUCAUACCGCAGUUGCACCUUCGAAGACACGCAUCGCUCAAAUCGACACUGGUCAAAUUUAAUCAUGGAUUUAACGAGAAACGCAAUCGCCCUUGGGCUGUUCUGCGUUUUGGCGACCGCUGCGGAACCUCCGGUACCACAAGGCAUCAGAGCCUCGAAUGUCCUUGGAGGUUCGGGACAACACGCCUCCUUUAGCUUCGUAAGGCCCGGACUCACGCAGACCUCGUACUCCUUCAACGGGCCCAGUUCACAUCAAGCCUUCAGUUCCAGCAUCGGCAAUCCUCAACUUGCCCAAAAAGUGCUGCCCAAUGUGGCCCAAGCCUUGGCCUACCGGAACCCUGGACUAGGCUACUUUCCAACUGGCCCGAUAACAACUGCGUACGCUUCGUCCGGAGUACAGGCUGCACCUGGAGGUCAUCCUCCUACUCUCGGAACGCAAGUAGCUUACCAAGGAGCACCGGCUCCUGAUCAAUCCGAGGCGGCUGCCCUGCGCGCUUACCUUCAGCAACAAUACCAGCAACAGUACCAGCAGCAGAUUCAGCAACAAUACUUGCAGGCACAACAACAACAUCAGCUGCAGAAUUCUCAAGCUGCACCGCAAGCACAGCCAGACGCCACGGCUUAUCAAGCUCAACUUGCACAGAUCCAUGCGUUUAGACAGGCGCAAGCGCAGGCUCAGGCCGCUCAAUCUUCUGAGCAAUUACAACAGAUUCCCGAACAAAUACAACUGCAACAGCGAGAACAACAACAACAACAACAGCAACAACAACAGCAGACUCAGAACUUACUCGGCGUCGCUUAUUCAUCAGCCCCUUCGGUCGCUCACGUGAAAGUGAGCGGAAAUGGAUACAAUUUUGACUUUUAAACAGCGUGCGUUUAUUACGUGAAUAGUAUCGGAUUUUUUGUAUAUAGUACACGAACAAGCCAAAGUGCUUGUGCUUUAUAUCAUCGUUAUAAUACUUUUUAUACGUUGCAUAGUUUUGUCAAUUAACGUCUCACUUGACACUAUUUAUUCCUUUAUUAUCAUCCGCACUAACCUGUAUGAUAUUGGUCAAAUUUGUACUUUGUUACGUCAGGAUGUAAAUCGUUGGUUGAAUAUCGUAUUCGUGGGAGCUUCUUCCUUGAA